AUGGACGUCAACGAGGCCAUGCUCGAGGUGAGACGGGCUGGUGGUGCUGCUGUUGCUUGUGCGCGUGCAUGUGCUGCUGUUGUUGCUUGUGCGCGUGCAUGUGCUGCUGUUGUUGCUUGUGCGCGUGCAUUUGCUGCUGCUGUCCGCAUGUGUGGGUGGAGUGGAGUGGACUGCAUGGACGUCAACGAGGCCAUGCUCGAGCCGGGAGGUGCUAAAGCGCUGCUUUCAUUGGAUGAUGUCUGUGACCCUCUAACCACUUCGCCUUCCACCCUCUCCUCUCAACUCCUCUCAACUCCUCUCAACUCCUCUCAACUCCUCUCAACUCCUCUCCUCUCCUCUCCUCUCCUCUCCUCUCCUCUCCUCUCCUCUCAACUCCUCUCCUCUCCUCUCAACUCCUCUCCUCUCCUCUCAACUCCUCUCCUCUCCUCUCAACUCCUCUCCUCUCCUCUCAACUCCUCUCCUCUCCUCUCAACUCCUCUCCUCUCCUCUCAACUCCUCUCCUCUCCUCUCAACUCCUCUCCUCUCCUCUCAACUCCUCUCCUCUCCUCUCAACUCCUCUCCUCUCAACUCCUCUCCUCACAACUCCUCUCCUCUCAACUCCUCUCCUCUCAACUCCUCUCCUCUCAACUCCUCUCCUUUCCUCUCCUUUCCUCUCCUCUCCUCUCCUCUCCUCUCAACUCCUCUCCUCUCCUCUCCUCUCCUAUCCUCUCCUCUCCUCUCCUCUCCCCUCCCAUCCUCUUCCUCCUUCCCCCAUAUCUGCGCACGAAGCACCGCCCAACGAGAAUCCAUCGGGUGGACGAGUUGAGGGAGACGCUGAAAAUCUGCGCACCACCUCUUCCUUCCCCUCCGGACCUGCGCACAAAGCACCGCCCCACGAUAAUGCGCCGAGUAGACAAGCACAGGGAGGACCUCCGCACCAAGCAUCGUCCCACAAUAAUGCACCGAGUAGACGAGAGGAGGGAGGUGCUCAAGCGCUGCCGCAACACACGCACCGCCAAGAUCCACGCGGAGGCCCUGGCCGUUCUGCAGAGGCUCGCACCGCACAGCACCGCGCUCGGCUCCCCUCUCGGCCCGUCCUCCUCCCACGCCUCCCCGCUGUCUAUCCCUUCAUCGUGGCAGGAGCUCACUGGUCCGCCUCGCCUACAUGGUCAUGCUCAUGGGUCGGUUUCAGCAUCAGCGUCAAAAGCUGCAGUGAGGCGAGCCGGAGGAGGAGCAGGGAGAGGGGUGGGUGAGUCUGUGGGAGGUGGGACGGCAGUGGCUGUUGCUGCAGCAGCACUGGCGUCGGUGUCAGAAGGGAGAGAGACGGAUGGAAGAAACGCGUCUGUGUCUUCCACUGCUGCUGCUGCAGCUGCUGCUGCAGCUGCUGCUGCUGCUUCUGCUACUGCUGGUACCUCUGAAACGGCUGCCAGCAGUUACCAGCAGCGGAUGAAGCGGUCUCCUGAGCUGCUGCUGCGAAGCGGGUCCUUUGCCCCUGGCAGCAGCAGCAGCAGCCGCAUGAACCCGGUUCCAUCCCUUGCGCUGGAUGCGAGAGAUGAGAGCUCGAAUGCUGCCGCCACCGCCCCUGCAGAUUCUGCUGAAGCUCCCACCACCACUGCUGCUAGUGUCGCUGCUGCUGUCAGUGCUGUGAGUGCAAGCAGCUCUGCCACCACAUGCAGCAAGAGCAAGGGCAAGAGUAAGAGUAAGGGGUCGUCCCAGAUAGAGUCAGAUCUCUCCCCCACCUUCUCGCCCCCCUCCUCCCCCUCCUCCCCCCCCUCAUCCGACUUCUCCCCCCCGUCCCCCGGUUCUCCCUCAGUUGCUUUGGAGGGGGAUGGGUUGUUUCAGGACGGUGAGGGUACUGGGAAGGAGAAAGGGAGGAGGGAUGAGAGGUUUGGUGGGAAGGACAAGGGAGAGAAGGAGCGGGAGGGCAAGAGGGAGAAGGUGCGGGAGAAGAGGCGAGAGGGGGAGGGGAGCAGGACGGAGAAGGGGAGAGCGAAGGAGGAAAUGGGUGGUGAUUUGAAGGGAGGUCGCGGUGCUGGCGGUUUGGCGUCAGACUCGUUACAGUCACAUUUCCGACAGUCACAUUCACUUUCUGGGCAUCAGCCCAGUGCAGGGAGGGGCGCGGAUAAUAGCGGUAAAGGGGCGAGCAGUAAGGGGGAUGUCAGGGAGUGGAGAGCAGCGGGAGGGAGAGGCAGGGGCAUUCGGCCACACAGUUUAAACGAAAGACGUAGCCCUGGGCUGGGAAUUGGGGUGGGCAUGGGUGUGGGUGGUGGGGGGGAGGGAUACCCCCCUCCGCACCACCAUACGGACAGGGCAGGCCAUGCUGCUCCAAUUCGGGAGUCCAGGAGUGUUGCUGCUUCUCACAGUGGCUCUGGUGCUGGCGCGGGUGCUGGUGGCAAUGCUGGUGUUGGUGGUGGUGGCAGCGGUGGUGGAGACGCAAGGGUGCAUGGGAGGAUAGGCAGGACGAGCAGUGCGGAUGUGUGGAGAGUGGCAGAGAGGGGUGCUGGUGGUGGUGGGAGAGGAGGAGGGGGUGGAGAGGAGCAGGAGGAACGGAGGGAUGGGGAGGGGUUGGGAGGGGUGGAAGGGGGGAAGGGGGGUGCGGAGAGCAGAGGAGGGCGGCAUGUGCGGGUUGAAGUGGCGACGGAGUUGCAAGCACAGGUGGCGUGGCUGAAGGAGCAGCUGGUGUUUGCAUUGGAGGCGAGAGAUGAAGCCAUUCUCAGAGCCGAGGCACUACAGGCAGCCAUGGUGGAGAUGGGGCAGUCCACCACCAACCAGGCCCUCGCUGCUAAGAUUGACGAGCUGGAGAAUGCACUGAUUGUGGCUCGGAAACAGAUAGAGGCGCACAGGAGGGAGAUCGCGCAGCAGCAAAGGGCAAUGGAGGCCCAACAGGAGGCGUCUACACGUUUGCUUCUGGAACAACAAGAGGAAGCAGCGCGAGCACUGGUGGAGGCAGUGAGGGGGAAGGAUGCGGAGAUGGAGAGGGAGGUGGGGGCGCUGCUGGGCGCGCUGAGGGGCAAGGAGGAGCGCAUGAGAGGGGAGAUUGAGGAGUUGCAGGACAAGGUGGAGGAGAGAGACGCGGAGAUUGGGCGGCUUGCCAGGAGGCUGGAGCGGGCAGCCAAGGAUAUGGAGGACAUUAUAGCGGCCAACGCGCAGCAGGUGGAGACUCAGAAGAACGUCAUUGAGAUGCUCGCGGAGAGUAGUCGGGACGCGAGGCAGAAGCUGGCAGCCAUGGAAGAGAGGGCUGUGGCGGCAGAGAGGCAGAAGCUGGCAGGCAUGGAGGAGAGGGCGGUGGCAGCAGAGAGGUCAGUGAGUUAG